AUGAAAACAUACGCUCUCCGACCUAAUCGCCCAAUAACAGGCGAUGGAUCAUUUAGAAAUAUCCAUCUUAGACCACAUCCUGAUGAUGUAUUUGAUUGUCCAAAAAUAAGAGGACCGGCUAAAACUCGCUGGUUGAGAGGAAUAGCUGCUCAUCUUCAAUUAGCUAUUGCUCGAGCUACAUCUGAUGAAGCUAAAGGCCAGAAAAGAACCGCUAAAAUUUCACUCUCAAAUGCUGCAACUGUAAUAGCAUUAGAGAAAAUUGGUAUUAAAAAUAAGUGGGUACCAUGUCCUGAUCUUCUUCAAUUACUCGAUCUCAAUACCACCUUUACAAUGCUCAAUUGA